AAUAACAGUUCACUGUGCGCCCAGAUCUGCAGGGGAUGGAAGGGAAAGGCCACGCAUAGCUCGCAGUGGGCUUGUAAGUACUGCCAUGACAUCAACACUGCUGGGAACAAAAAAGUCUUAAAGAACCAUGAGCUGUCUGGUCUCAAUGAGUACGAGCUGCGAGUCCUGCUUCUCCAAAAUGACCCUUUCCUCCUCCCUGAUGUAUGUCAAUUUUACAACCAAGGGAAAGGCACCUGUGCCCAGCAAAACAACUGCAACAAGCUUCAUGUUUGUCGACAUUUUCUCCGAGGGGGAUGUAGAUUUCUUCCAUGCAAGAGGUCCCACAACCUCCUGAAUACCCAUGAGUUGCAUGUAUUGGAAGCUGGUGGGAUUGAUUUAAAGACAGCUUCGAAAUUCCAGACUAUAUGUGAUCACAAGCACGUGGAAUUCAGCAAGGAACUGAAGAAGGCAAAAAGUUCCAGUAGCAAUGCACCUGGUCAGAACCAACACCAGCAGCCAACAGGAGCGGGAGAUAGCGAUAAAGGUAAAAAAGAUGAUUCCUCUGUUAAAGAUUCAAAGGACAACAAAGUAGACAAGUGUGAUGAGAUAUGCUUGUUUUAUGUCUGGAAGUACUGCAAACAUAACGAUAGUUGCAGACAGAUUCAUUACCAUUUGCCAUAUCGAUGGCAGGUAUACAAUGGGAUCACUUGGAAUGACCUUUCCAUGAUGGAGGAAAUUGAAAAAGCCUAUUGUGACCCAAAAAACAACAGCAUAGCUGAUAGGAACAUUAAUUUCCAGACAAUGACUUGUGGUAGUUCUUCACUUCGACGCCUUUCUACACCAUCAUCUGUGACAAAACCCACAUUUGUAUUGACCACACAGUGGAUUUGGUAUUGGAAAGAUGAUCAAGACCAGUGGAUUGAAUAUGGAGGACAAGGAGAAGGGGGCAACAUGAACUCACUACCCUCUGAUAUUUUAGAGAAUUUAUAUCUAGCAGAUCCAGAUGCUACUAUACCUUUCCAGACUGACUUGCAUUGUUACGAGCUCAAUUUUAAAGAAAUGAUCCAGACAAAUACUCGUUUUAGAACUCGAAGACAGGUCUGCAGACGACCAAAGUUUGUGUCUUCUGAAGAUGUGGACAAGAUAAAGAAAGGACAAAGGGAUUCUUCUAUUCCAAAUCAAACCUGUCCUGCCUACUGGGACCAAUCAGCACUACCUGAGUUGGGAUAUAAGGCAGUGGAGAUCAUUAAUACAUCCCCUGAAUACAAUGAAAUACAGAAGCUGUUUAAGAAGACUAUGAAAAACUAUACUGUCCAUAGAAUAAGGAGGAUUCAGAAUCCAUCCCUCUGGAAAGUGUUUCAGUGGAAAAAGGAGCAGAUGAAGAAGGAAAAUGGAGGGAAGGAAGUAGAUGAAAGGUUCCUGUUCCAUGGAACGAAAAGCUCCUUCCUGGAAGCCAUCUGCAAUCACAACUUUGACUGGAGAGUUUGUGGAACCAAUGGAACAACCUAUGGAAAGGGAAGUUACUUUGCUAGAGAUGCUUCCUAUUCCCAUGAAUAUUGUCAACCUGCAGUGAAACCAACCGUCAUGUUUGUGGCUCGUGUAUUGGUUGGAGAUUAUGUUCAAGGCAAUUCAAGCUAUGUUCGCCCCCCACCCAAGUCUGCCAAUAUGCUUCUGUUUUAUGACAGCUGUGUGGACAAUGUGUUAAAUCCCUCCAUUUUUGUCGUCUUUGAAAAAUACCAGAUUUACCCAGAGUAUCUAAUAGAGUAUAACGAGGCAGAAAAAAAAUGUAUUAUAUCUUAGAGAAGGAUGAGAGCAGUUUCUAUCCCUCAUCUUAUUUUCCUUAUUCCUCAGAGAUUCUCAUACUUAGUGACUUUUUUUUUAAUGCACAAUUUUGAAUGUUUAUCUGAAGAAUUUUCAUACUGAAGAAGGCUGGAAAACAGAUGUCGUACUUAACAGACUUAUCGCCUUGUCUUCUCCUCUUCCUUAUCCAAAUCUAAUAGACAUUUGGAUAACCAUAGCAGAAAAAUCAGAAUCAUGGGAUGGGAAAGUUGACUUUUGUGACGUUUGCAGGCAAAUAAUUUUAAAUAGUUUCUUGGAAAUAGGUAAAGAGGGUUUCUCUUUACAAACAGGUUCAAUCAAAAGUGAAAUCAGGACUAGGAUAGUUUUUGAGCAAAGUCACAGCUUUUUAGUGUUUCUCAGGUUUCUGUAGUGUUUUGCAAUGUUGAGGGCUUUGUAGAGUCUUGAAGAUUCUUUUCAGAGCAAAAUAUUGUUCUUGACGCUCUCUUCUAUCAUAAUUCUAAGCAAGCCGAAGUACUUAAAACUGAUGUGACUUAGUUUUCAAAACGCUAUUUGUUAGUGCCAAUAUUAGUUUCAAGUUUAAACCAAAAAUAAAAAGCUUCUUUUAAACUCAUGUUGUACGUUCAGAUGGAACUUCCUGUGUUUCAGUUU